AUGGAGCCCGCCACGGCCAGAGGUCCGACUGAGAAGAGCUUCAGCUACGUGGUCCAGACGCCCAGUGGUGAGGGCUUUGACACGGUCACUGUGAAGCUCCACACGCGCUGGGUGUUUCAGGACGCGGAGGACACUGGUGAGGGGCAAGGUUGCCUUUCAGAGACAGUGGCUGGUUGCCCUGACAUGGCCGUGCCUGGGGAGCAGUCCUCCGAGCAGAAGCCAUGGGCAGUUGGGGACACAGACAUGGAUGAGUUGGAGUCUGUGCUGAGGAGCAGAAUUCAGGAGCUGGAGCUGUCGGAGAGGAGGCUCCUGCAGAAGGUGGACCAGCUCGGCACCCGUGUGGUCCGGGAGAGAAGUGCCUCGCUCCGCACCCGGGAGACGCUGCAGGCGCUGCAGACAGAGCUGGCCGGCCGGGUCCGGGAGCAGGAGAGCACCACCCGGCGGCUGCGGGAGCGGCUGCGGCGCAAGGACGAGCUGCUGGGGCAGCAGGCGGUGGCCUUGGAACGCUGCCGGCAGACCCAGAGACGCCAGCUGGGUCUGGUUCGCCAGCAGGAGCGCGUCCUGCGGGCGCAGGUGAAGCGGCUGGAACGGGAUGUGCGGCACCUCUGUCGCGUCGCGAGUCGCCUGCUAGCCCAGCUGGACGCCGCAACUCCAGCGUCCGUCACCCGGGGCAGCCCCCAGGCCGUGGUUCCGGCCCACGCGACGACGGGAACUGAGGAGGAAGCAGCGGCGCUGGCGGCUGAGCUGCGCGCUUUGCAGGCCAGGGCGGAGCAGGAACGGGAGGAGGCGGCGCGCCGGCUGCGGGAGCAGCGCACCACCGAGUGCCGGCUCCGUGCGCAGCUGGAGGAGCUGCGAUGCUGCGUGUUUGGGCUGCAGCUGUCGGAGAUCGGCCUGCAGGGCCGCGUGGAGGACCUCGCCCAGCAGAACCAGAGCCUGCGUGAGCAGCUCGGCGCCCAGGCAGCCCCUGUCUGGGGCGGUGGCCUGCUUCGGCCACGAGAGGGCGCUCAUGAGCCCAGCGGUGGCCUGUCCCGCUGCACACAUGGCAGCUUCCCCAUGUGCUGGUGGCUACUGCACCACAAGGGUGUGAAGCUGUACGGCCACUGCACAGUGGAUGUGGCCACGCGAGGAUGGCUGAUGGGGACAGACGGUGCUCAGGAGGAGAGGGUUCCUCUGGCCGAGCCUGGUUUGGACGAACACAGCUUUCUCCUGCUGUGUGGCGGCCCCGCAGGGUCCCUCCUCCCCGUGGACCUGGCCUGGAUUUCAGAGAACCUCCCAGGCAACCCGGCACAGCAGCCCUCGGUCCUGGUGCAGCCUGUCACAUGGUCCCUCGGGGAGUCACCUGGGGACCCCGCUCCCCUGCUGCUGCUCCUACAGCCUCCCCCAGGAGAACUUCACACUGAGGAAGGGCUGGGCACCAGGCACCCCUAUGCGGCUGAAGGAGAGGCUUCUGCACCCCUGCAGGGGAGGGAAGGAGAGGGCAGUGGUGGGUGGAGUGUCCAAGGGGAAGAGAAAGCAACGUGCUUGGCCAGUCAUGCUGGAACAGGAGAGCCUGGGCCCAGAGGGCAGGAGAGAGCAGCCAGGUGCAGGGGAGAGUGUGGGCUGGGGCAGCUGCUGAGGUCUGCAAGUAUGCCACUUCUGUGUAAAAACCAUCGCUGGGAGAAGGGACAGGAGCCAGGGGUGCCCUGUCAGGAAGGGUGCGUCCCCAAGGAGGUUGACCCUGAGGACUGGGAAGGCCUGGGGGCAUCGUCUGGGGGAAAGCGGGGCUCACUGCGGUGGCCCAGAUCAGUUACCUCUGCCAACAGGCACAGUCCAUGGGCUGAUGGCCAGGGCCACCACAGGUUCACCCUUGAGCUAGAAGAACUUGAGCAGGAGCUGGAGGCAUGCUUACGGCAGCUGUCCCUCCUGCAGCCUGAGCAGGCGGCGCCUCCGACUUGCGGAGGGAGUGGGAGUUUUGCUGCAAGGCCUAAUUUGCCCCAGGUUUUUGGAAACAAACAUUUGGAAGUUUGUGUCAAUGAAGCAAAGCCCCAGCAGGGACAGGCUCUGGGUCUAGCUCCGGUGUCUGGCUGGGAGGAAGCAAGCUCACAUCCUCCAGAAGGGCCCUCGGGGUUUGGGGGACACUGGCAGUCGCUGCCCUGGAGAGCCCUGAAGAAGCUGAGGUGUCAGCUGCACCAGCUGCUCCCCAGACUAAAGUCAGUCAGGAGCCUGGCUUUUCACUGUAACAGCAAGCUUCAGGGGGACCGGGGCAAGCUGUGCAUGCUGGACGAGCAGAGAGCGAGCGAUGCGACAGGCCUCGCCAGCCCCAUGCAGCCUCACAGCGUGCUGCAGGAGGAUGCCACACGCCUGCAGGGGGAGUUGGCCCAGUGCCUGCAGGUCAUUUCCGACCUGGAAGACUGCAACAGCAGGAGUUACUGCAAGAUCCUAGAGCUGGAGGAGGACAAUGCAAAACUGAAGGAGCAUCUGGGUGCUGCCGAGCGAGUCGCCCUGCAGCAUCAGGGGCUGGAGACACUCCUCUCGGGGCUCAGGGCCAGCUACAAGGAGCUGACCCAGAGGGUGGAUGGCAUGAUCCAGCGCCUCCCGCGCACGCUCCAUGUCCUGGAGGCAGACGUGGCCGCCAGGGCCGGCCCAGCCGCUGAGGAACGUUUGGUGGGGGAAGAAGAGCCAUUCCAAGAGGCAGCGGAGAGAGUGGAGAGCAAAGUGCAGGCUGUGGAUAAAGCAGUCCAAGCCGCUCCACCCUCAGGGCAGCCGAUGGCCGGACCCCAUGGGCCGCCCAAGGAGGACACGGCAGAUCCAGCUGCAGGGCCAGUGGGACCCUGCUCAGCUGUGGAGAAUUCUGGAUGUGGUGUUGGUUCCAUGGCUGUGGCUGCAUCCAGCGGUCUGCAGGGAAGCCGCAUUGGAGCGGGAGACCAGAGAGCCCACCAGGAGGAGAGGCUGCCAAGCCCCGGCCUCCAGCUCCAGGUCUCAGGGGCCCAGGCUUCCCAGGAAGACCCCGGGAUGUGUAUCCGUCGCCUCCACCACCAGGUCCUGACCCUGCAGUGUCAGCUCAGAGACCAGGCAUCUGCUGGCCGGGAGCUUCAGCUGGCGCGGGACGCGGCCGUGCGGCACCAGGAGGAGCUCCGGGGCCAGCUGGAGAAGCUCCGGAGAAGGCAGCAGGAGGCGGACCUGGCUGUGCCCCCUCUGAAGGCCAAGCUGGCUUCCCUGGUGCGCAAAUGCAGGGAGAGGAACCACCUCAUCACGCACCUGCUACAGGAGCUGCACAGACGUGGGCCCGAGGACCACGCUCUGUCCCAGCUGGCACAGAGCAUGGCUGAUGACACAGCGCUGGCCGAGUACAUGGUCACGUUCCGACCAGGACACCCUGGAUGCUCCAGAGGUGUGUUCCCAUGCACUGAGCUGUCGGCUUCCCUGGGGGCUCUCCUGCCACCCACCGUGGGACCUGUGUCUGACCCUGCAGCGACCCUGGGGGUUGUGGCUGUAGAGCCAGCAUUCCCUGCGCCGUGUCUGCAAGCGAGGGGCGGGCUGCCAGGUCCCACUCUCCCGACCACAGGCCUGCCCCUGUCCUCGGAGCUCCAGAGCCCGGCCAGGAUCCUGGCAUUCCACCAAGAGCUCAGACGGAGCCUCAGCAGCCACGUCCAGGGCAGCGCAGCACCGCUGGAGGUGUGAUCUCCACAGGACCACGCU